AUAGUUGUUACCUUGGGGAAUUGGACGCACACACAAGUGUCUGCUCUGCAGUGAAGUUAACUACUGUAGAGUGUAUUCUGGAGUGUUGGCGAGGCUCUCUCGGCCCAGCCCUACUGUAGUAGUUUUGCCGUUGGCCUCUCUUGUGCUUGGAACUGUUCUGUGACUGAUAGAUAGCGUGUGUUGCGUGUACCCCCACCCCCGCCCCCCCCAGCCCGCACCCUGUGCGCCGCUGCUACUAUAUCCUUCCAAGGAGUAGUAGCACUAUUUGUUGAGCGCGUGCGACGACGGAAAACGCCUUUGCCUCCAAGCUGGCUUCCGUGGACACCGCCACCAUGCCGGACCAAGACCUGGCUUCGAAGUACAUGGACCUCCCGCAGCAGGGCCUGACGAGCAUGGCACACACGCCGCCCUACGCCCAACCUCUGGGCUACCAACAGCCGCCCACGCCGGGUUACAAUCCCCCGGGUUACAGCUUUCCGCCCAUGUAUCCCCCCCAGAGCUCCUAUCCCGGGUACCCCAUGGGGUCUUACCUAUCCCCGCAGUGCCCUUCGCCUUCCGUUGACGGUCAGUACAAUAUCUGUCAUCAAAAACCCGAGGACGAAGGCUCAGUGCGCGUUGGAGGCAAAGGCAAGAAAAUGCGAAAACCCCGGACUAUAUAUUCGUCUCUUCAGCUUCAGCAGCUGAACAAAAUUUUCCAAAGGACACAAUACCUGUCUUUGCCCGAGAGAGCUGAAUUGGCCGCCAAACUCGGUCUCACACAAACACAGGUGAAGAUCUGGUUCCAAAAUCGGCGGUCAAAGUACAAGAAGAUGAUGAAAGCGGCUCAGACGAGCGGUCCAGGAGUGCCUCAAGGAGCCCCAGUAGGACCCGGGUCGCCCUUGAGCUCGUCGCCUUUAUCAGCCACCUCUCCACUCCAGCCCUACACCACCCCAACACCCAUCAGUCCGCCCCCACAGACGCACUCUCCAGCACAGACGCCCAUUUCGCAGUCGACAGUCCCAUCAUCUUUGCCUCAGCCUCCUCCCCUGACCACCCUCGUCCCCAUCUCCCACCCGGGUCUCACGUGCCCCCCCGCCCAGCGCCCUUUCCAUGGGCCACCAUCAGCAUCCCCUCCCCAGUUAACACCUUGCGCCCCACCUCACUCCCACCCACCUCCCCCACACCCCCACCACCCACCCCACGCAGCUUCUCCCCACUCCCAUCCGCCUCCACCACAUUCUGUUCAGCUGCCACCCCACUCUCACGUGCCGCCUCAGCACCCACCCACGCCCACAAGUCAGGCUCACGAGAACCACGGCACCUCGCACCUCGGCCCACCGGGCCCUCCUCCUCCUCCACAGCACCACAUGAGCCAUCCGGGACACGGAGGCUACAUGCCGCCCUCAUCGAUAGCUUCCCCAGCUUCAGUCACUGAGCACAUGCCUAUGCCGCCCUCAGCCUCUUCGCCUGGACUGGCUUCGCACCACUGGGACAUGAAACCGCCCGUGUCGACGCCCUAUAUGUACUCCUGGUAUACUCCGGAUCAACAGCACCUCCUCACUUAAGUUCCCGCCAGAGGAAAAUAGGUCGAUGACCGUCGAUGUUUUAUUACCAUGAAGAACCGUAAUGGUCUCUAGCUAUGGGGGGCUGUGUGGUCCUCUUAACCGAAAACAGCUUCAAAAGGGGGGAGAAAUGGAAUGAAAUGUAGGCCCACCCAGCCACGGGGGUUAUUUCCGGGACCAAAGAUACACUUCACCUAAUUCCAGGAGGGUAUUCCAAAGAUGUCGUGCAAUAUACUCACCAUAUUGGUGUAGUUAGCACCAUACUGGUGUAGUUAAAGUUGAAAAGGCCAAUAAAUAGACUUUGCUGUUGAGAACUUGGCUCUCGGUUAGCCAAAGACAGGGAAACACUUAGGGAGGGUUCGCUGUGGUUUUCCAGAAAGACAUGUCCGCCCUAUCCUUUCCCUCAUUUUAUUGUUACCGUAGUAGGAUAUAGUGCCAAGUGCUUAUUCUAAUGAUACACAGGAGUCCGUCGUGUUUGUCUUCGAAUCGAGAUGGAAAUCCAAAAGUUAUGCUGAAUUUUAGUCACCUUAAGAGAUCCGACAAAACGUUGUAAAUACAAUGUGUAUGUUUACUCGUAGAGCUUUGUCCGAUUACGUCAGGGUGAACUGUGUUGAGGACUGUGUUGCGAUGAAUUAUUAUUAUUAUUAUAUAUAUAUUAUGCAUAUAUAUAUGUAAAUAUAUAUAUACAUAUGGAAAGUUUAGCACACAUUGCUCUUAGUACUUAAAGGACUGAAUUACCUGAGAUCACCGAUUGACAAGAAUAACACAGUACUUGAAUUUUGGGAUUCUGAUCUUUGUAAAGUGGUGUUUUGUUGCUGAUAAGAGCGCCAGUAAUAAUAAAAAAACCAGCAAAAAAGUACGUCUUUGUCUAGCAGAAGGAAUACGACAUAUUAUGGGCUGCGCAAGAGCCUCGUGUUCAGUCGAAGUAAGAUAAACAAAAACAGGUAGAAAAUAAAUAAAAAAAAAUCUCAUGGUGAUAUUUGGGGUUCCUUCCCCCAAAAACAAAUCACCAUGAAAAAACACACCAAAGAUGCCUCUAGUUUGCUGCAGAGCUUACGGUGAUGCCUGUACACAUAAAAGCAGUGAAAUGCUUUGAACAGAGGAGCGAAUCAUGGCAGGUAUACAGUUUCCGGUUACCUGUUCUGUUGGUUUUUUCGUACAACAGAUUCUUCAUUUUUUAAUAUAAU